GUUUCUUCAAUAGCAAGAGAGUAUGCAAAAGGCCAGUCUACACUUUGCCUAGAUGAAGCAGACUGCUUUCCUUUGAGUUGACUACAAAAGUUGACUUCACUUCUGAGGAAAACAGAGGUUGGACUCAUGACUUUUUCCACUAGCAUUAAUUCUAACUUACCCAGGAUGUUCCGUCAAGAUAUACAAUGAUGGAACUCUUUUGGGGAUCCACAUUCAGUUAAUGAUGAUCUUGUGUUGCCUGGACAAGUCACUUAACCCUGCUCGCUCAGUUUCUUCCUCUGUAAAAUGGACUGGAGAAGGAAAUGGCAAACCCCUCCAGUACCUUCGUCAAGAGAGUCCCAAAUGGGGUCAAGAAGAGUUGGACAACAACUGGACAACAACGCAUUGCCAUAGAAACUUGAUCGUGAAAUUCUGAAGUCCAGGUAGUAAGCCAAGGGCCUGCCUGGGAGAUGCCUCUUUCUUUGGGGAAGGUAGCACUGCUAAGUGGACUACCUCACAAUAUUUUAAGAAAGGAAAUAAAACUAAUUACUAUGACUCAAACCAUAGAGCAAAUGAUUUCUUUCCUCUUAAGUUGGAAGGUUCUUCUUUCUGUGGCUUGCUUUGUUUGCUUGAGGCCUCAUUUGUUGAAUAUUCAACAGAUAUUUACUGAUUGGUUAUCAUGUGUAAGCCACUAUGGUAAGUACUCUGAGGAACAAAAGAUAGAUUAGACAUUACCUAAUUUCAAAGAGUUCACAAUCUAGUGUGGGAGAUGACAUACAUAAAUACAAGAUUUGAUUGGGACUCUCAGUAAGUCAACCUCUAAGCCUUUUUUAAAAAAAAAAUAAAAGCAUUGGGGUCAUACUGUGGGUUCAGAGACUGAAACAAGAACUUGAUUGCUUAGUGGUUCCUGUAUUUCUCCUCAUCUGCUUCAAGAUGCACAGAUCUGAUUUGCUUUGAUGCUUCUAGAAUCCACUUCAAUCAGACCGAGGGGAAUCCAGUAACAUCUAGGGAGUUACACUUGUAGUGUCUCUCCUGGUGUCUCAUCACUUUUAGGUUGAAAAAAGGCCGUGGAAUGUUUUCUCCAUUGGAACUCAAACUGCUACCUGUGUUGCUGGGUUGUAUCUUGGGUCUAGGUGACCUGGUUGUUUCUUCCUCUGAAGUGAUAGCACACGUGGGUGAUUCAAUCCUACUGAGAUGUGUUUUCCAGAGCACUAUGAUGAAACAAGUGACUAAAGUGGACUGGAGGUUCUCAGCAAGGGAGCAUGCACAGGAAGAACUCGUGCUCUACUAUUAUGCUAACCUCAGUGUGCCUUUGGGGCAGUUCACUGACCGUGUUCAUUUUGUGGGGAAAAUCUCAGACAACGAUGGCUCCAUCUGCCUGCAGGAUGUGAGAGAGGCUGACCAAGGAGUCUACACCUGUGAGAUCCAGAUCUACCAAGAGAGCUUUGUUUUUAAGAAGAAAACUAUACUGCAAGUGGUCCCAGCUAAGCCCACAACACUGAAACCCACAGAAGCCUUCAGAACUGAUGUGCUGAGUAGCUAUCAGCAUGUGAUCAUCGUGGGGAUUGUUUGCUUUACCAUCAUACUGCUUGCUGCCCUGGGAGUGUCCAUGAGGAGGAGUCAGCGCCACCACAGAUCAGGAAACCAUCCUGAGAAUACUAUUAAGGCUAAGCCAGGGGUAGAGGCACAUGUUUACUCCACAGUAACUACAGUGAUUGAAGAAGAGGAGUCAAGCAGAGAGUCAGAGGCCACCUACAUGAGCAUGCAAUCAGUUUGGCCUUCCCAGAGAGCAGAGAGGAAUAAAUCAUCUGAGAUAAUGCCAGAAACAGAACAAAGUUUUGGAGGACCGAAGUUUAUCCCAAGACCCCUAACAAAGGAAGAUAACAUCUUUCAGUAGCCAUUGAUUCCUCAUUUUUCCUGAGCCAAGUUGCAGUUAUGUCCUAAAGCUUUCCUAUAGUCUUCUUCAUGUGCUGCUUGGAUUGAGGUUUGAAGAUGGAGGCCUUCAUUUGUGAUGGAAAGAGACUUUUGGGGGGAAAGAAUCCUUAGAUGAGUAAUGGGCCAGAGGCUUAAUUCAGUAACAAAUGCAGUGCAGUAAACUAUUCUGAAGUAUUUGCUGUGUGGAGAGGCCUCUAUCAGGUUCUUGGAAGAAAAAAAAUAAGGCUAAGACGAAGCCCUUGCCCUAAUGGAGCUUAUGUUAUGUUGCCAGAACAAGUGUGGAAUCCUUUUUGAUUAGUACAUCAGACUGUUAAAAUGGUCAUGUUCUUGAAGAAUAAAUUUUUAUUGUGAAGAAGCUUAAAAAAUAUCAUAAAUAUUUUGUUUUAUGAUGGCUAAAAAUCCUCUGUAAAUGAACAUAUGUAUAUAAAAGACCUUAUCGUCCCCUUCUCCUCUCCCCAUUUUCCCCCUUCUUUUUCUACUUUAGCUGAAUAUUAGUUAGGAAAAGAGGGUUUUGGUGAGGAGUCCAUAGUAGAUAACCUCUUCAGGAGCAUUAUAUCCAGGAGGAAAGCUGUCUUGCAGCCUAGUGCGUUAUAGGAAUGAGAAAUGUUAUCUGACAGUAGGGGGAAUGGAGCAAGAGAAAGAUUUUGUCAACCUGAAAAUAAAAUAUAUUGAAUUUGGUAGAGAAUUAAGAUUUAGAACUUCAUCUCUGUGUUAAAAUAUUUAGGUCUCUAGUAUUAAUAAUCUUUUAUUUGUAAUAUGUUUUUUUAACCACCAUAAUUAAGCUUGUUCCAAGGCCAGGUCUUCCUGGCUGUACAUGGAAGUGUGGAUUAUAUUUCAAGUUCCAGAAUUUUUCUGUUCCCUCACAUCUGCAUUGCCACAUUCCAAGCCAAGCUUUCCCUGAACUCCCCUGACUGCUGAGGGUAUUUAGCAAUUUUACCUGGGCUUCUUCUUUCCAUUCCUAGCUUAGGUAGAAUAUCCUUGACCUGAUCCAGUGAUGGUGAACCUUUUAGAGAUCACUUUUAGAGACACCCCCCCCCCCCAAGUUUGCAUGUUGUGUGACCACAGAGAGGGCUCUGCAUGCCCUCUUUGGCACAUGUACUAUAGGUUCACCAUCAUGGGUUUAUUAUGUUUGAGGACACUUACUAGCUGUGUGACUCUAGGUAAGUCACUUAAUCUCUGUUUGCCUCAGUUUCCUUAACUAUAAAAUGGGGAUAAUAAUAGCACCUACCUCCCAGGAUUGUGGUGAGGCUAAAUGAGAUAAUAAUUGUAAACCACUUAGCACAGUGCCUGGCAAAUAGGAAGCACUAUAUAAAUGUUAGCUAUUAUUAUUAUUAUAAUUAACUCACCUGAAUCUUUAAGCUUUAUCUAUUCUGUUCUCUUGCAAAGGACAAUAUUCACUUCAUAUCUUAUUCAGUUGAGACUAAGAGACAUUCAGCCUUUCCCUUUCACAGCAAUUAGCCUUUAUAAAGAACACAAACAAAUAGUCCUUUAAUAAUGAUAUGUAGAAUGCUAUAUCCUGAUCACACUGUAAAAGUAGCCCAUUCAGGCAAAUAGAAUGGUUUUGAUUCUUUCUCUCUUUAUGUGGAAGGAAAAUAUGGGUUUCAUUUCUGGUCUGUAGAUAAUACUUUAUAGAAUUAAUGGGUAUUUCUCUUCCUUGAAGUAGCAUAUCCCUAAGAUAAUGGCAUUAAGGAUGCAGGGGCAAAUGGAUACACAAGUUCAAACUCCUUGUGUUGUUGUUCAAGGCUAUCAUUUUAUCUUCUUAGCAUUUUUGGAGGGUACCAUUUCCUUUAUGUACUGUGUUCUAUCCACACUGGAUUAAUCUCCAUCCCCUAUAUAUUUCCUAUACUUUCUUGCCUCAGAGACUUUGCCCAAGCUUUGUUCUGUGCAUAGCAUAUAUCCUACCCAUUUUUAAAAACAUUUUUAUAAAAAAAUUUGAGUUCCAAAUUCUCCUUCCUGACCUCCCUCUCCCAGUCUCUCAUACCCUGUCCUUUGAAGCAGUAAGCAAUCUGAUAUAGAUUUUUUAUGUGCAAUUGUAAAAUACUUUUCCAUAUUAGUCAUUUUGUAGAAGAGAUCUCAAACAACAAAAAAAAAGAAGAAAGUGAAAUAUAGUAUGUUUGGGGGGGUAGCCGGGUGGUUCAGUAGAUUGAGAGCCAGGUCCUAGGUUCAAACUGGCCUCAGGAGACUUCCUUAGCUAUGUGACUUUGGGCAAGUCACUUAACCCCCAUUGCCUGGCCCUUACCACUCUUCUGCCUUGGAACCAAUACACAGUAUUGAUUCCAAGAUGGAAGGUAAGGGUUAAAAAAAAAAAAGAUGUUUUGG